CAACGGCAACGUCAGUCAACACAACGAACGAAAGGACCGCCUAGACCGAGGACCAAGCAAUCGUUUGCGAGCAAUCUAUGCCACAAUUUAUCCAACUACUGCAUUUCCAGUCUCUGGACAUUGUGAACUAUUUAUUCAUCAUCAACCAGUGAAUAGAGACAUAUAAAUAAUCGAUUGUUUUAUCAAUCGAGUGGAUAAGUCGCCAUUGAUCAUUCAUACUGAAUUAGUACGGUUGAUCGGGUAGAAGAGUGGUGGAAAACGUGAUCGUGGACUGGAUUAUUUCAGUUUGGUGAUUCGUACUUGUGCAGAGGAUUUAUCCAAGACCAGACAUGGCUGCUAUGUCCGUCAUUGGAAUUGACUUUGGCAACGAGAGCUGUUAUGUUGCUGUUGCCAGGGCGGGAGGCAUCGAAACCAUCGCCAAUGAUUACAGUUUACGUAGUACACCGAACGUUCUCCAUACGUUGUCGGCAUGGAAACGUACAAUUGUCGUACGAAUCUCCUCAUCUUGCCCCAAUACAUUUUGAUCUGCUCUCCUUUUUGACCUUAUUUGGAUGGGCCGGUGAUUCAUUCCAGGCACUUCAAUCGUCACGUUGACCCCUUGCUCUAGUCCACGUAGCAUAUGUAGCAUUUAGCGGGAAAAAUCGUAUUCUGGGUGUCGCAGCCAAGAACCAGAUGGUGACAAACAUGAAGAACACAAUUUUUGGAUUCAAGAGAUUAUUGGGUAGAAAAUUCAAUGAUCCACAAGUGCAGAAGGAGAAACGUUUCCUACCGUACAAUAUAACAGCACAGCCAGAUGGAAGUAUUGGCAUACAUGUACAAUACCUGGGCGAAGAGCAUAUAUUCAGCCCCGAACAAAUAACAGCGAUGCUGUUCACAAAAUUGAAAGAAAUAUCAGAAACAGCUCUGCAAACAGCUGUCAAUGACUGUGUGAUAUCAGUUCCCUCAUACUUUACCCAAGCAGAGCGGCUUGCUCUAUUCGAUGCUGCCCGUAUUGCUGGCCUAAAUGUUCUGCGUUUGUUCAACGAAACAACUGCCACUGCCCUGUGCUACGGAAUUUACAAACAGGAUUUACCAGCACCGGAGGCACCACCACGUAAUGUUGUUUUUGUAGACUGCGGAUACGCCAGCCUUCAAGUCAGCAUCGCUGCUUUCCAUAAAGGCAAGCUCAAGAUGUUGGCAAGUGCUGCAGAUCCCAAUUUAGGGGGUCGGGAUAUCGAUAUGAUUCUCGCCAACCACUUCUGCAAGGAUUUUCAGGCCCGAUACAAGAUCGACGCCCACUCGAACCCCCGCGCCUACUUGCGACUACUCGCCGAGGUCGAAAAGAUCAAGAAACAAAUGUCAGCUAAUUCCACCAAGUUGCCUCUCAACAUCGAGUGCUUCAUGGAGGAGAAGGAUGUCCACGGGGAUAUGAAGAGGGAGGACAUGGAGGGUAUGUGUCAGCAUUUGUUCAGUCGCGUUGAGGCGACAUUGAAGAAGUGCUUUCGUGAUUCUGGUCUGAAACUCGAAGAAAUUCACUCAGUGGAAAUAGCCGGAGGCUCAAGCAGAAUUCCAUCGAUCAAACGACUGGUGGAGGAAGUGUUUGGCAAACCAGCAUCAACGACUCUCAAUCAAGAUGAGGCUGUUGCACGAGGUUGUGCUCUCCAGUGCGCCAUGCUUAGUCCAGCUGUCCGAGUUCGCGAUUUUGCUGUCACUGACAUUCAGCCUUAUCCGAUUAAAAUAAGUUUCGAUCCACCAGAGCCCAAGGACGAGGAGCUUGAAGUAUUUUCUUACAACCAUGCAUUCCCAUUCUCAAAGUCGUUGACUCUGAAGAGGAUGAAUUCAGUGUCUCUGAUUGCCACUUAUGCCUCUCAGCCACCAUCGUAUCCAACAACACAUAUAGGUACGUGGUACAUAAAAAAUAUCAAGCCUACGCCUGAAAAUGAGCCCUCGAAAGUGAAAAUCAAAGUAAGACUAAACCUGAACGGGAUCUUCACGGUGACAUCAGCAGUUGUAGUUGAAAAACGUGAAAUGACUCAACAAGAGCUCGAAGAGGAGGAGAAGCAGCAGCAACAGCAGCAGGCUGGCAACAACAUGGAGGCAGAGCAGGACAAGCCAGACCAGGCAGCCCAGGCCAAAGAGCCCCCAGCCCAAGAGGUGCGCGUGGAUAGGGGCCAACGAGACUCAGACGCUGAGGAUGAUGGAAGAUGUUCCAAGGGCUCUGGCCCGUCCUACUCAUCCAGGUUUAGAUCCUGGUUCAGCUCGGGUGAUGACAAAGACGAUGGAAAGGGCAAGAAGAAGAAUCCAGUUCGCCUGGUGGACCUUCCAAUCGAAGUAAGCACCUACAACCUUCCCCAGCAUGAGCUGGACAUGGCGCUGGAGAAGGAGUGUAAGAUGGUAGCUGAAGAUCGUCAGGAGAAGGAGCGAAUAGACGCGAGGAAUGCUCUAGAGGAGUACGUCUACGACCUGCGUGGCAAGAUAUCCGAUGAGGAUCAGCUGGCCAACUUUAUAACUGAGGAGAACCGUGAGAGCUUGAGCAGAACCCUCGAUGACACAGAGAACUGGCUGUACGAGGAAGGAGAGGACUGCAACAGGCAGGUGUACCAGGACCGUCUGUCCCAGCUGAGGAGUCACGGUGAGCCCAUCAAGGACAUCAAGAAUGAAUACGAGGGCAGGCAGGCUGCCCUCAACGACCUUGCAGCCACACUCCAACUGACGAAAAAGAGCUACGACCAGAUUAAGGCCUCCAAGGACGACAAGUACACCCACAUCACUGACGAGGAGAUCAAGAUCCUUGGAAACAUUGUCAAGGAGAAGUGGGCGUGGCUGGAGGAGACGCACGCCAUCUUCUCGAAUACUCCACGCACCCAAAUGCCGUCAGUGACUCUCGCACAGGUGCGCGGGGUCAGGCAGACGGUCGAGAGCACUGCUAAUCCCAUUAUCAAUAAACCAAAGCCCAAGGUCGAACCACCCAAGGACGAUAAGAAGGAGAAGGGAGCCGAGGAGAUGAAGAACCAUCAGAAUCAGAAUCCACAGGGACAGGAGAAUCAGGCACCUCAAGCGGAUAAAAUGGAUGUCGAGUAGAUUUCCUGAUAUUUAUACGUUUCCAGUAACUGAAUUAUCACUGCGGUUAAUAAAUCCAUUCGACGAGUACUUCAUUCUUUUUUUUUUUAUUCGGUUAACAUUUACUCGUCGACUUCACAAAUUUGGAGGGAGAUGGGGGCAGGAUUGUGAGGAAGGGAGGCGAAAUUUUAUAAACUUUUUUGAGCAGGAAUUAUGUCUAGAAUUUUUGUAGCUUAGAUUCGUUGGAAUAUUCUGUAGGGCUUCGUUUGGAAUUGCGAUAGCUCCUUAGGGUUUUUUAAAUACAUCUGGUCAUGUCUCGUAUGGAAAUAAAAAAUUUUGAAUAUUGAAAAUUAAAGAAAUAAUUGAAAGAAAACGUACGGAAGAGCUUCUGUUUACAAAUAAUACAGAUAAAAAUAUUCGAAUAUUAAAUACGGAAAUUCUAUAGAAAUUCUAUAUAUAAUGCCUCUGGAAAGUUUCUAUAACAUUGUUUAAUUCAUUGGAGAUGGGACAAUGAAUGGAAAUUAUUUUGUCGCAAUACGGAGAGUCAAAAAGCCAAGGGCGAAUUUUUGGGCGGUUAGAUGAUUUUCAAAUUUGGAGUGUUGAAAAAUUCAGGGAGAAUAUCGCUGGCGAUUCGGGUUUUCUUUUGUAUUGUCGAGCAUUUCGGGGCGGGGGUGCAUUUAGGGUUUUUUUUUAUUUCCAAGGAGCUGGUGGGGAUAAUGAAGAUGGCUGAGUGGAGGGAUGAAACGGGAGUGUUAAAAGAUAAUAAAGACGAUUUUGCAAAAAAUGUCUCGUGAUUUCAUAAUGAAACCACAAAUUAAAGACUCAAAAAACAAUUCCUGAUCAUUUCGACAAAUUAAAGGGAAUGAACAUUCUUAACUAGCGACCCAUUAACUUAAAAAGAAUAAAUAUUCUCGCAAAGCAAAGGGGGUUCUGGACAUCCAGUGUCUCACUUAAUUAAUUAAUUAAUUGAUGAAAUAAUGAAUUUAUUGUCAUUUCACAUCUAUAUUUCAUCUCUCCAUCACUCACUCACCCCCCAGUGACUGUGAGAUUGUUUUUUUUUUUCUUAAAUAAAUCAACAUCCAACGCCGGAAACCAGUUGUACAUAAGUGACAAAAAACAUGACCUAUCAUUGAAUAACUUCUUUAUUCACAUCCAUAGAAAAUAUUUCUUCGCUACACAGGACAUUGAUAUUAAGAGAUAAACUUGUCACUAUUGAUUACAUUAUUCGUACAGCCCUUUCCUAAUUAUGUUCACAAAUAUUUACAUUCGAUGAAAAUUGUUCCUUGUGUAUCCGAAAUUUAGGGCAAACGAAUCAACGUAGUACGAUUAUAAUUAUUUAUGGUUAAAUAAAUAAAUUGCUGAACAAUAACGGUAA